AUGACGGCAUCGCGGGCAUCGGCCUCCGGGGUCGAAGCGAGACCACCGACGGCCAGUGCGAGUGAAACUCAACCUGCAGUCGUUAGACCUGCGUUCAGCUUCGGGUCUUCCAGCUCGUACGCCCAGAGAACUUCAGCGUUCGGACCGCAGCCAGCCCCAGGAUACCAAGCGCCGACAGGGACGAGCGGCCCUGCUGUCGUCUCUUCGGCCGCUCCACUCUGGCAACAUGCAUCGGUGGCGCCGCCCGGGGUAGGCCAGUACCCGUGGUCAUCAAGCAACCAAGCCUUGUUCCCAGCGGACACUAACCGCGGUGACACCACUACGUGGAACAGCAGUUUCUCGAGUAUCGACGCGCAGCCAACAUCCCAAGGUGAAACGUUCUCGUGGGGUCCUGGGGGUCCGGCCACCAGUGGUUUCGGAGGAGCGUACCCGGGACCAACCCAGGUUCCGGAGCACGGCAUGAUGACCUUUAGACCCUUCAUACGACGCAGUCGAUCCCUUCGAUCCCUUGCUCCCGCUGGACAAACGUCGUCUGUCGUGGGACAAGUUCCAGUACACGGCUCUUAUGGGGAGAUGGCGCGAACAGGAGCGCGCACUCGACUCUACAGCCGAUUGAGCCAAAACGAAGGAACCAAAGCCUGGGUCCAGCAGCUCCCAGCAACGAUUCGACACAGUUGGACGGCGCUCUCGGACAAGUUCGCCAAUGAAUUUUGCCGAUCCACAGAGUCUCCGGUCGAGCGGUACCUGCGAAUGAAACAAGACUCCCGUGAGACUCCGAGAACCUUUUUGUGGAGAUUGAACGCAGCCGCCGUCAAGGCUAACGUGGACUAUCAGUCUCCUUCGGGACGUCGGCGUCACUUGAAUCAGUUCCUGAAGAAUCUACGGGACCGUGAACUCCAGUUGGAGGAGACUCUGCGUCAAGUGGAAGCGAUGGAGCGUGGACUGCGCCGCCGACCCGCGAAUGAUGUGCAGUUUGUUGCGCCCCAGAGCGAUGACACGACUCCGACCCGACCGCUCCAGUGGGAUGACGACGUCAACAGCGACUCCAGCUAUCAGUACGAUGACGAAGAUGACAAUGACGAAGUGAACUCGCUGAAGCAAGAAGACACGAACGUCCCCGGGACCGUUCCCGGGGCCCUGACCCUAGGUCUCGAGGUACCUCGGGAGCGUCGUCACUCCAGUCGCCAUGCGCCGAAUGUGGACGUCCGGGACAUGUCCGUGACGACUGCGUGUGGUCAACUGCAUCCUGCGGGCCAGUGUGAGGUUCUAGCGACCAUCAAGCGCUUGACCCAAAGGGGGAAGUUGCAGGGUGUGCCCGAUGACGUGCUGCAGUGUCUACGCCAGGACGUUGCACCGCCGUUAAACAACUAG